CACAGGGGAAGAAGUGUUCCUCUCUAUUCCCAUUGGGGGAGAGGAAAGGUGUAAUAUGACAGAAUAUCCAUCCAGGAAAAGUCCAGCGCAUCACUUCGAUGUGUUGAGAAAACGCAGGCUUCAACACACGAGAGGAUAAGUACAAGAGAAAUUGAGGCAAUUGCACCACAACUUUUAACCAACCCCCACCACCCCUUUACCUUUUCUCUUUAAGCUACUUGUGCACCUCACUAUCCCUUUCAUGGCUGCCAUGUCCACCUCAGACAUUUUGUUUUAUUCUCGCCUUUUUAUAAUAAUUGCCCAUGUUGGUGGUCAUCUGUGGUAGAAAGCCGCAACAGCUUUCAACUUUGGCUUUGAUUAAACUAAAAAAAAUGACUUCCUCAAGUAAUGUAAACUGAAUUUACAUUCCCGAUUCAUUCCCACCAACUAAAAACAAUCCAUUUGCCUAAAAACAAACACCAAGUGCUGUCUGCAUAGACAAAUUUAAUAUACAUUUACUGUGUACACUAUAUAUAUUCAAUUCGCGGUUGGGAGAUCUGAUUGCCUGCGGAGAGCAAAUUAAAUUAAAUAUGUUGUUGUGAAUUGUGAUUGUGUUGCUUCGAUUUUCGCUUACGCAGACAAAACACCCACUUUCCCACACGCCCAGCUGGUGAUGCAGUCAUAGGUACAAUUCUGCCCUCUUUUCAGUUCCGGAGGUGCCACGUAGUUUGUGCCGGCGGAUUUUUGUAUCAAGGUUCCGUGGAUCGGAGGAUUUGUCUUAGAAUGUGAGAUUUUUUUCUCUGGAGGAAGAAAGAUGGACAGAGGAGGAGGGAUGGGGCUGGACAUGCCCAUUAUGCAUGAUAAUGAUCGAUAUGAGCUCGUGAAGGAUAUAGGCUCCGGCAAUUUUGGGGUCGCUAGGCUUAUGCGAGACAAACAAACCAGAGAGCUUGUGGCAGUCAAGUAUAUCGAGAGGGGUGAGAAGAUUGAUGAAAAUGUGCAGAGGGAAAUUAUCAAUCAUCGUUCAUUGAGGCAUCCAAAUAUUGUCAGAUUCAGAGAGGUAAUAUUGACACCAACACACUUAGCAAUUGUUAUGGAGUAUGCAUCUGGUGGUGAGCUCUUUGAGCGUAUUUGUAAUGCUGGGCGCUUUAGUGAGGAUGAGGCUCGUUUUUUCUUCCAGCAACUCAUCUCAGGGGUCAGCUAUUGCCAUUCAAUGCAAGUUUGUCAUCGGGAUUUAAAGCUGGAAAACACACUUUUGGAUGGAAGUCCUGCUCCACGUCUGAAAAUCUGCGAUUUUGGCUAUUCAAAGUCUUCCUUGCUUCACUCACAACCUAAAUCAACCGUUGGUACACCUGCUUACAUUGCUCCUGAAGUGUUGUCAAAGAAAGAAUAUGAUGGGAAGAUUGCAGAUGUGUGGUCAUGUGGUGUUACUCUUUAUGUUAUGCUAGUAGGAGCAUAUCCAUUUGAGGAUCCUGAGGAACCAAGGAAUUUUAAAAAGACUAUCCAGCGUAUAAUGAACGUGCAGUAUUCUAUUCCAGACUAUGUUCAUGUUUCUCCAGAAUGUCAACACCUUCUCUCUAGGAUUUUUGUUGCAAAUCCUGCAACAAGAAUAUCAAUUCCUGAUAUACGAAACCAUGAAUGGUUUUUGAAGAAUUUACCUGAAGAUUUGGUAGAUGCAGCUGAUACAAGUGACAAUCAGUUCGACGAUUUGGAUCAGCAGCAGCAAAGUGUUGAGGAGAUUAUGCGAAUAAUUGCUGAAGCUAGGAUACCAGCACCAGGGGUUGGUGGGAUUGGCCAUUACUUUGGAGGAAGCCUAGACUUUGAUGAAAUGGAUCUGGAGAAUGAUGAUGCAGAUCUGGAUGUUGAUAGCAGUGGAGAGUUUGUUUGUGCUAUGUAGCUUGAUGGUAAUGGAUAUUUUUUGUGGUGUUCAACUACAUUUGCCAUCUCGUGAAUGUAUUACUCAAUUGAUAUCAUCCUAGUGAGACUCAAACUUUCUUUUCGGUAUUGAUAAAUUUCCUGGAGGUUUGGAGGUGUGAACCAUUAUCUACUAGCAGCUGUUUGCCACAGUAGCCUAGUUAUUGCUAAUUAUUGGAAUAUGUGAAGGUUUUGCGAUUGUUCAUCUGUAAGUGAAUUGUUAGAUGCCCUGUAAAAAUAAAACCAAGGCAGCAUAUUGUAAAAAUAAAUUCCACGUGUUGCAUGAUGUAAACCUCUUUUGAUGUUGAUCUCACUUUGGUAAGGAGAGAGGGCACAGCAUAUUGUUAUAUAGGACAUCCUGGCCCUGGAGUCUGAUGGAAUCUUAUAAGUUAUAACUGUAGUCAUUUGUUUUGUAAUAUUAUUUAAAAUAACUGGUCCUAAAUAUGCAUCUGUUCUUCUGAA